GAGUAGCUGUCAUCUGCAUUUUUGAUUGAAGAGAACACUCGGAUCAUCUGGGCUCAAGCUGCAGCAUUGUUGCUUGAGUUUGAGUGCAGCUGAGGGGAAACAAAGUAACCAAGAGGAACACAAGGCAGUCAUGGACACUACAACACCUGGAUGACUUGGACUUGCACACUGGAGUUGGACCCUAUCCUGCCCACAGUCCACUGAUACAAAUGAGUGCGCAUGUGCCUCCUAAGCCAUGCUCCCCGGCUAUGGAUUCUCUCCUCUACUUGAUUUCCAGCCUCACCUCCAAGCGUUCCAUUGCAGAGGCGAGAGCUCUGACAUGUGGUUCCCAGGCUCAGUUGAGACCCAGGCUCUAAGUGACUCUCGGGAAAGUAGGCCUCUCCUGCGACAGCAUCAACACAUUGCUGUGUGUCAGCAAGAGACGUUGGCCUUCAUUGACCUUCAACAGCCAAGCGUUAAUGGUGUCCAAUCAUGCACACCGGAAAACUGUUCCUCUCUUUGCUCCAAGCCUGACAGAUGCAAUGGAAGCAGUCCAUCUGAUUUUGCCAAUAAUGGGAGUACAGACACAACGCUGGACAAUAAUUUGACCAAGGAUAGCAAUAAGGUGGAAGGGGAUCACGAUCCGACGUGGACACCCAUUACUGCCUUACCUGAAACAGUUUAUGAAAAACCUGAACCAGAAGUUAAGGGACUCCGUUCUCGAGACUUGUUUCUGCCUCUGUCCUCUACAUAUGUACCCGAGAACAGGAACUCUUUGGAGCCUCAACAGCAGAGCUCCCCUUCUUCCCCCUUAGAGUUUCAGAGUUCUGACCCAUUUCGCCCUCAAAGACGCACAUCUUUGGGAUCUAUAAAGGAGAAGUCCAUAAGGCGUAAGAUGAGGGUGUACUCUCCAGACACUAUGAAUGAUGGGUCUCUCAGUAGCCCAGGUGUGGAGUGUGAUUACAUGCUUCCAACAUCCUUCGAAUCAUUCGUAGAAGGAGGCCUUGGAAUGGUGGGUUCUACCAUACCCACAUCCAGUAGUUCCAGCUCUCUCCCAGGGGUAGAUGAGGACCUUUCUCUUCUUUCCUUACCAACGACUCCAAAACCUUUCUUAGAUCCCCUUCAGGAGGGUGCCAGAUUGGAGGUGGGUGUGAAUGAUGGGGGGAGGCAGAGGUUGGGCCUGGAGGACUGCAGGACUCUGAAAGACCCUGCCUUUAACAGUGUGACCUCGCUGCCUCUGUCCCGUUCUCGCUCAGCAGACAACGAGCGCCGGCGCUUCUCUGCUUCUGAGCUAAUUUCUCGUCUUCAACUCUCCCAGAGGAAAAACUCUUUUACCCUAAAGCUAGGCAAGUCUCUUUCUGCUCGUGUGGCCUCCCGGGACCGCCACCUGUCUGGAAACCUCAGCUCAGACUACAAACCCAGUUCCAGACAUCACUUCUCAGGGGGAUCAAGUGACAGUGCGCCACAUUGUCCAGUGGGGUCUGCACCACCUCUGCCCUCUGCUGACUGUAAUCUGCCACAGCAAAGGAGAAGUUCUAAGCAAAGUAUGAGAAAGGUUUCCAUUGAUGAGGAUGGAGAGAGUCCUCCUAGUAGCUCUAAACGCCUGUCACGCUUCUUGCCAAACUUAAUCUUGUAUCAGGAAUACAGUGACGUUGCUAUAAACAGAGAUAUACAAAGGCAGCAGGGGGCAGAGCCAGGAACCGAUGAGGAAAGAGGAGACUCUGUGUCCACUGGCAACCUGUCUCCAUCCAGUUCAUUCCGCUCAUCUCGAGGCUCCGCCUUUUCCCUUUGGCAAGAUAUUCCUGAUGUUCGUUCCAGUGGACAACUUGACAACUUCAGCAAUGAAGAGCGUAAACUACAGGAGGCCAAGUUUGAGUUGGUGACGUCAGAGGCCUCAUAUAUACGCAGCUUGUCUAUUGCAGUUGAUCAUUUCAUGAUAUCUCCUGAGCUGUGUGAGUGUCUUGGGGCACAGGAGAGGCAGUGGCUCUUUUCCAAACUGCCUGAUGUAAAAGAAGUCAGUGAGAGAUUUCUUCAAGAUUUGGAGCACAGGUUAGAAGGAGACAUUCUGCGUUUUGAUGUGUGUGACAUUGUUCUUGACCACUGUCCUGCACUGCGGAGGGUUUAUCUGCCUUACGUCACCAAUCAAGCCUACCAGGAACAGACCUACCAGCGGCUAUUGCAAGAGAAUCCCCGUUUCCCUGGAAUUCUUGCCCGCCUGGAAGAGGACCCAAUAUGCCAGAGGCUGCCUCUUACAUCAUUCCUUAUCCUUCCUUUUCAAAGGAUCACACGCCUCAAAAUGCUAGUGGAGAAUAUCCUAAAGAGAACAAUGCCUGGAUCACGAGAUGAGGACACUGCCACCAAAGCACUUAAUGAGCUCAAAAAGAUAAUAAAGGAAUGUAACUCCAGUGUGCAGUCCAUGAAGAGGAUGGAAGAACUAAUUCAUCUAAACAAGAAAAUUCACUUUGAGGGGAAGAUUUUUCCUCUCAUCUCCCAGUCUCGUUGGUUGGUCAAACAUGGUGAACUGCUAGAAGUGGACACGCAGAACUUGAGUAUUUCUGGGUCCAAGUUUAAACUUACCACUCGGCCCGUGUACCUUCACCUGUUUAAUGACUGUCUUCUGCUGUCCCGAAGGAAAGACACGUGGAAAUUUAUGGUGUUUGUACAUGCAAAGAUUGAGGACCUCAAGGUGAAAGAUCUAAGCCAGAAACUUCAGGGAAUCUCAGGCUUCAUCUUCUAUCUGCAGUUAUGUGAGGGCCAACAGUUAAAACACCAGAUUCUGCUCAAGUCACCCACAGAGAGCAGCAAACAGAGGUGGAUAACAGCCAUGUUUCCCUCCGUUCCAAAGACAGCUAUUGAGCAGACCAAUGAGAAUGAUGAUCUAUCUCAAGUCCAGUGCAUCAAGAGCUACCAGUCUCAGGAGCAUGAUGAGUUAACGCUGGAGAAGGCAGAAAUCCUUCAAGCUGUAACAAUUACAAGUGAUGGGUGGGUAGAGGGGAUCCGGUUGUCGGAUGGAGAGCGGGGCUGGUUCCCCAAAACUUAUGUGGAGGAGAUCACAAGCCGCAGUGCUCGUUUGCGAAACCUCCGUGAAAACAUUCGCAUUAAAUGUGUCUCACAAAAAUUAGAGGGAGAGACUCUCUGAGACCUUGAAGUAUGGAACAUAGUUUUACUUAAAGGGUUAGUUCACCCAUAAAUUUAAAUUAGCCUCUGUUUUACUCACCCUAAAAAGCAUCCUAAGGGUAUGUGACUUUCUUCUUUCACACAAUCAUCCAAUCGUAGUUAUAUUAAUAAUUGUCCUGGCACCUCCAAGCCUUUCAAUGGGGGUAAACCAUAGGGCUAAAAAGUGUUUAUUACAUUCUAAAUAUCGAUAUUUAUCAUACAGAAAAACAUGGAUUCGCUACAGGAUGCCUUUAUUCACCCCACGGGUGCUUCUCCACCCCAACUCCUUCCUGAAAUCACCAUAUAUGGAGCUGACAAUGCCUAGUUUUACUAUGCAUAACCUCAUCUGAAUAUAAUUUCUAUGCAUAUUCCCAUUCACGUGACACCAUAUUU